AUGAGGUACUCGACGUUCGCCGGCGUGUUGCCGCUUCUUGCUUCGGCCACGGCUUCGCCAUCUUCAAAGGGCGUUCACAAGAGAGACGAUCACGUGUCCCCGCGCCCAGACAUCAUAUACUCACCCGAAACACCCUCGACGGCACCGCCAAAUCCCAAGCAGCGUUGCAAGACUUGCUUUGUCGAGAGCCACGGGGAUGGUGUCACGGAUGACUCGGACUACAUCUUGGAUGCCUUCAAUGAAUGCAACAACGGGGGACAUGUUGUGUUCCGGGAAAAUGAUACCUAUAUUAUCGGAACGGCCAUGGACUGGACCUUUCUCAACUCCAUUGAUAUUGACAUCCAGGGCAAGAUCCUCUUCACCAAUGACACCGACUAUUGGCAGGCAAAUUCUUUCCCAUUUGUCUUUCAAAAUGUAACGUCGUUUUUCAAGCUCGGAGGCAACGACGUCUUCAUCUACGGAGGAGGAACCAUUGACGGCAACGGGCAAGUGUGGUACGAGGCUUAUGCCGCAAAUAUCUAUACCUUGCGGCCAGUCUUGUUUGGCAUUGACGGUCUCAACAACAGUAUCAUUGCCGACCUGGUAUUGAGAUACUCGCCCGAGUACUACCAUUUUAUUGCCAAUUCAUCCAAUGUUGUCUUUGACAAUAUCAAUAUUGCUGGAGGCAGUAGAAAUGCCUCGGUCACAGCCAAAAAUACCGAUGGGUGGGAUACAUACCGCAGUGACAGUAUCACUAUUCAAAAUUCGGUCAUCAACAAUGGCGAUGACUGCGUCUCCUUCAAGCCCAACUCAACCAACAUUCUGGUCCAGUCGCUCUUCUGUAACGGCAGCCACGGCAUCAGUGUCGGCUCACUAGGACAAUAUGUCGGCCACUAUGACAUUGUGGAGAAUAUCUACGUCGCCAACAUCUCCAUGCACAAUGCGACGGACGGAGCUCGUAUCAAGAUCUGGCCCAACACCCCUUCGGCUCUGUCAGGCGAUCUACAGGGCGGAGGUGGCGACGGGCGCGUCAAUAACAUCACCUACACUGACUGGACCAUUGACAAUGUCGACUACUCGAUCGAGGUCGACCAGUGCUACGGCCAAAGCAACCUGACCCUCUGCCUCGAGUACCCCAGCCCGCUGACCAUUACCAAUGUCGUUUUCAACAACUUCAAGGGCGUAACGAGUAGCAAGUACCAGCCGCAGGUGGCGACGUUUGCCUGCAGCUCCGAGACGGCCUGCUCCAAUAUCGUAUCGACCGAGUUUGACGUGCUGAGCCCCAAUGGCACGAAUCAGGUCUAUUGUCUCAACUUUAAUCAAACCUCAUUGGAUGGAGUCGAGUGCACGACUGUAUUCAAGGGAUUCAACUAA